AUGGCUUCUUCAUCCCGACCAUCACUGUCGCUCCGGCGGCAGUCCUCCAUCCGGAACCUGAGACAACCCGAACAUGACGACUUGACUCAGUCGUUGAAGCAACUCAACAUCUCCACUUCGCCCGGCCGAGCUCCGUCCCGCCUUGCCUCCGAACCUGCCUCUCCCUUCCGUCCAUCGGGCCGCCGUAUUUCGCAGUCACCAGCACCAAAUGCUCGAGCACCUUCACGAAGCCCCUCCCAGGACCCCUCCUUGGGCACAUCUACCCUCCUACGGAAAGCCUCCAUGAACUCAUUGCGCUCUUCUAAUGGAAUUGGGCCUGGUUCAACUUCAAGACGUUCAAGCGUGGCACAUGUCAUGUCACCAACACGCAGGGCAUCAUAUCAAGAAAAGAUUCGACCAACACCUCGCUCCAUUGCACACGACAACUUGAAAGCUGAGCUGAGGGUGCAUCAUAGCUCUAUCACCACCCGUCCGACACAAACGAUUGUAGUGCUGAACGACGCUGUCUACGGUCAUCGUUUCUCCCGACCCCGAACUUCUCGUGCCGCUCUUGGUAAUAUUGUUGAACGUCCGGAGCGGAUAAGGGCUGCAGUAUUAGGUGUUUCCGCAGCCUACGUACGCUUGGGUGGUAGGCAUUGUGAAGGUGAAUAUCCACUUCACCCAGGAAGGGAGGCAGAGCAUCUUCAAGGGGUCCCUUUCCGGAUACACAAGACGGAUCGCAGUCUUUCUCUACUUUCACCAGCCGUAGUCAAUGUGCAUGGAGCAAAAUGGAUGGAGGAGCUCAAGAUGAUGUGCGAGGCGGCCGAAUUGAAGCUUGCACUGGGCGGAAAAGAACUCCAAAGGCCUGAAAUGAGCCGGGGGGCUGAUAAGCCUCCUGAGAAAUUUCACGAAGGUGACUUGUACCUCUGCUCAGAGUCCCUCAAUGCUAUGGAAGGCGCUCUGGGAGCUGUUUGUGAAGCCAUUGACUCAGUCUUUGGUUCGGGUCCGCGCCGCGCCUUUAUAGGCGUUCGACCCCCGGGCCAUCAUUGUUCUGCUUCUUAUCCUUCCGGUUUCUGCUGGGUCAAUAAUGUUCACGUUGGUAUCAUGCAUGCAGCUCUCGAGCACGGACUCACUCAUGCAGCCAUUAUCGACUUCGACCUUCACCACGGUGAUGGAUCUCAGUCUAUUACAUGGCAGCACAAUAAUCGAGCGAAGAAUGCCGCCAAGAAUGCAGCAGCAUGGAAAAAGUCGUCGAUCGGCUACUUCAGCUUACACGACAUCAACUCGUAUCCGUGCGAAAUGGGCGAUGAAGAAAAGGUUAGGAGCGCCAGUAUCUGUAUCGACAACGCACACGGCCAAACGGUUUGGAACGUUCAUCUCGAACCAUGGAAGUCAGAAGAGGAUUUUUGGAAACUCUACGAAACAAGAUAUACCGUCCUUUUGGAUAAGGUCAGAAACUACUUCAAGAACCAGGCAGAGCGAUUGAGAGAAUCAAAAGAACCGCCAAAGGCUGCAAUUUUCCUGUCUGCUGGGUUUGAUGCCAGCGAGUGGGAGGGUGAGGGCAUGCAACGCCACAAGGUCAACGUUCCGACCGAAUUUUAUGCGCGUAUUGCUCAAGAUGUCGUCAAGCUCGCAGCUGAAGAAGGCCUCCAUGUUGACGGUCGCGUUAUCAGUGUAUUGGAAGGUGGCUACAGUGAUCGAGCUCUAUGUUCUGGCAUUAUGAGUCACCUCAGCGGACUAGCUGGUGAUCAGACAAGCGAACAAUCAUCAGACAGCGCCGGCUCUUUUGGAGUCGAGAUAGGUCAAACGUCACCAAAAGGAGUAUCACAUGGUGUUGAGCAAAAGUCAGCCUUGGAUUCCAUCCAUGCUUACGACCCUUCAUGGUGGUCGGCUUCAAACAUGGAGGAACUUGAGGUUCUAAUGGGCGAUCCAAAUGCUGCUGCUUCCAAAUACCCGCAAUACGUCACUCUUCCAUCCUACUUUGCUCCUACUCAGGCGUCAACUGCUAAGUCCACAGACCCUACGAAGAUGCAGCGCAGCUUGUCCAAGUUAGGCUCGACCAUGCCCAGACUUCCAUCGCCGCCGCCUCCAGAAGUUCCCUGGGCGGUUGCAACGCAUGAACUAAGCAAACUCCUUAUUCCCUCCUCACGCGAAACCGGUAGCUGCCAACCUGAGGAUCUGAACGCAGAAGCAAGCCGGGCCAGACGUGACCGGCAAUCGAUAUUGAUGGGAGUCGAUCCUAACCCUCCACCCCCUGCCACUGCUUCACGCCCAACAUCGCGUAUGUCUCUGCGUGAGAGACGGACCAAGCUAGUACCACCCCCUGAGCCAACCAUUGACAAGUCAUCCAAAGGUCGCAGAAGGACGAUGGGCACUACUACUGUAGCUUCAGAAAAGGCAAGUCGAAUGAUAUCAUGUAGUGAAUUCAAGCUAACCCCCUCGAAGCCGGUUGCUCGUGAUGUUCCCUCACGAACAAACAGUGUUGAGCCAGGAGUGAGGAGGUCUAGUCGGCGUCUUAGCGAGAUCCCGGUACCUCUCACUUCACGGUUAUCUUCUCCUGAAGCAGCCCUGCCCGAAGCUGCUGAAUAUGCUCAAACGUUGCCCGAUUCCCCCGCAGCUGCAACGGCAGCUCCUAGCAGCAACUUGCAAGUCAAGAAGACACGGCUCCCCGCGGCUCCCCGCAAAGAGCCUGCGCCAAAAGCACCUCGGGCUACUAAGAAAGCUACCACAGCAGCCGGCCCUUCUGGUCCUACUACUGCCGCCCAAAAAGCCAAGUCACCGGAGCGAGCUUCAAAGAAUGGCACAACGGGUGAUGACGUGGACAACAUCACUUCGGGGAUGAGGAAGAUUCGUAUCAACUUGAUCACUCAGUCCCAAAAGGCUGCCAAAGCGCGUGCUCGCCUUGAGGCUGAGAAAGCCAACGGCAACGUCCCUGCUAUCGGCCAGGCUCAGCCUGUCGAAACGCCAUCUACUGCUGCGCAUCCAUCAGCAGCCCAGUCCCACGACCCAAGCACGGUCGUUGUGUCUACCAAGACUUAUAACCACUCUCCCACGCAAUCAUUGCCAGUCAACCCUACACCACCCGCCACUACUUCAUCUAGUGGCAUUGCAACUCCUUUGCAGGAGCAAGAUCCUUUCAAGCCUGCUGGGUAUGUUUCCCAGUUAGCCUCUCCUCCACUGAGUUCGCCGCCCAUUCCCUCAGUUUCUGUCCAGCCUAGCGCAGAAACAGACGAUGUUUUUAUCCCCUAUCAGCCUGAAGGCCCUGCACCCAAACCUGUCGCUCAGAACGAGCCAUUGCAAUGGCUCCCUCCUAACGUGCCGGCUUCUUCUACGCAAACACCUGCUGCGACACCCAGCCCAGUCAAGAAGACCAACCUCUUUCAGUAUACUUCUUCUUCUGGGAUUCCUUUUGCGCCCCGCUCGGGACAUCGGGCACGGGGUGCCGCUACUACUGAGGCCGCGGGGUCCGAGGUAAAGCAGGAGGCCGACCUCCCAUACCCUACUAGGGAGAUCCCUGAAAAACCUCGACCCUAA